AUAUCAGCCAGAACACACACACAUCUCUCUCUCUCUCUCUCUCUCUAUCUGAAAUAAAUAAUACAGACAAAGAAAGAAAAACGAAAGAAUCGCCACCAACUGCCAUUCACGAGGGUCCUCCCCCAUUAAAACCAAUCCACUCUCUGAAACCUUAUAAUAUUAUAUAACAUUAUAUAAAAUAACAUUAUGGGCGGAGAUACUUUACAGAUCUAUAAAUCCAAAUCCCCACCCGAUUUCUCUCUCUCAUCCACACCAUUAUUCUCCACCUUUUCGUCACAGAAAUUGCUGAGACGAAAAGAUGAUAUGGCAAACUCUAUUUUUAGGUGUAGUGUUUCAAUUGAUUUUUGUGUUUGGUGGUAGUAAUAAUAAUAAUUAUGACAAGAAUGUUUACAUAUGGCCUAUGCCUGAAUCAGUUCAGUAUGGGAACAAAACUCUUAUUUUAAGUAAGGAUUUUAAUCUCAAAACUGAUGGGACUAAAUACAAGGAUGAAUCCGGUAUCCUCAAAGAUGGGUUCACUAGGUUGCUAGAUGUUGUUACAUUAAACAAUGUUGUUGAAUACAACUUUGGAAAAGUUGAUCCGUCUGUGUUGUUACAUGGGAUUCAUGUUGUUGUUCUUUCGGAAGGCGAUGAGUUGCAGUAUGGUGUAGAUGAGUCAUACAAGUUGUAUAUUAAUUCAAAAGGGAAUCCAAAUUAUGCACAUAUUGAGGCGGCUACGGUUUAUGGAGCUCUACACGCGCUGCAGACAUUCAGUCAAUUGUGCCAUUUUAACCUUAACACAAGAAAGCUUGUAGUUAGUCAGAUACCAAUAAGCAUUACUGAUCGACCACGUUUCUCGUAUCGAGGGCUCCUGAUUGAUACAUCUCGGCAUUAUCAGUCAUUGCCAAUGAUUAAAAAAGUUAUUGAUUCUAUGGCCUAUGCAAAGCUGAAUGUUCUGCACUGGCACAUUGUAGAUCAUCAAUCUUUCCCGUUGGAAAUACCUUCAUUCCCAAAACUGUGGAACGGUGCUUAUUCAAGACCAGAACGCUAUACAGUGGCUGCUGCAGCUGAGAUUGUGAGUUAUGCCCAAAGAAGGGGAAUUAAUGUGCUUGCUGAGCUUGAUGUUCCCGGACAUGCUCGAUCAUGGGGCAUUGGUUACCCUGCACUAUGGCCAUCAAAGACUUGUCGGGAACCACUUGAUGUCAGCAACGAUUUCACGUUUAAGCUGAUCAACGGGAUUCUCUCAGAUUUCAGUAAGAUUUUCAAGUACAGAUUUGUUCAUUUAGGAGGUGAUGAAGUUGACACCACUUGCUGGACCUUAAGUCCUCGUAUAAAAAAAUGGAUGAAACAGAAGGGCCUAAAUGAAUCUACGGCUUAUGAGUAUUUUGUCUUGAAGGCACAAAAGAUAGCUUUGUCCCAUGGUUAUGAAGUUAUAAACUGGGAGGAAACCUUCAAUCAUUUUGGUGAUAAAUUGGACCGAAAAACAGUGGUCCAUAACUGGCUUGGGGGUGGUGUUGCCGAGCAAGUCGUUAAAGCUGGAUUAAGGUGCAUUGUAAGCAACCAAGACAAAUGGUAUCUGGAUCACUUGGAUACUGAAUGGCAAGAAUUUUAUAUGAAUGAACCCCUUACAAAUAUUACAAAACCCGAGCAACAAAAGUUGGUUAUCGGUGGUGAAGUAUGUGCGUGGGGCGAACAUAUUGAUGCGUCGGACCUUGAAUCUACCAUAUGGCCACGUGCAGCAGCAGCUGCAGAGAGACUGUGGACGCCUUAUGACAAACUUGCUAAAGACCCAAAUGAAGCGACGUCAAGGAUAUCGAAUUUUAGGUGUUUGUUAAAUCAAAGAGGAGUUGCAGCUGCUCCGUUGGAUAUGCCGGGUCGUGGUGCACCAGACGGGCCAGGCUCAUGUUACUUUCAGUAGUUUAAUGAAAGCGGAUUCUUCAAUAAUCAUGGCAAAAAUGCCAAUUCUGUGGAUAAUUAAGAAAUCCAAAAUUCUGUCAGUAAGUUAUAUGACAAAAUGGGAGUCUGUGAAGCUGUGUCGAUCAUUGCAAUGAAAUUAUAUUCUAAAUGUUGUCUUUAUCUUGCUAAUAA